AACAAAUUCAACAACAACAACAACAAAUUCAAUUACUUCAACAACAACAACAAAUUCAAAUUCAACAACAACAACAAAUUCAACAACAACAACAAUUACAAAUUCAAUUGAUGCAGCAACAACAACAAUUGAAUAUAAUUCAACAACAAAAUUCAGUGGUUCAAAAUGGUAUGGUAGUUAGUGUACUUAAUAAAAAAGCACCACCAACACCAAUUACUAGACCGCAAACACCCACCUCAUUUAGACCACAAACACCCCAAUACCGUACUUGUACACCUAGAACCCCACAACCAAUAAAUACGCCUGCUUCAAGAAAUAAUUUUCAAUCAAAUGUUUUACCAUCUUGGCCAAAUUUAUAUUACCAACAAUUAAAUGUCAAUGAUCCACAUCAAUUACAACAAUUACAACAGCAACAACAACAAUUACAAUUACAACAACAGCAACAACAGCAACAACAACAACAAUUACCAUUAUCAUCAUCACAACAACAAAUACAUUAUUAUAAUCAAAUGAAUCAUAAUGGUAAUAGUCAAAAUGAAAGAUUAGAUGAAAUUAGUGAAGCAAGUGAAUCAUUAGAAUCAUUAGAAUUUUGGAGAUUUCAUGAAUCAAUUUCAUUUAAAUCUGAAGAGAAUGCAUCAAAAUUAAGAAGUGAUAAACAAUUUCUUCAUAAAAUUAUUUCACAUUUAUCAGCAUCUUCAUUUUCAAUGAUUGAAAGAUUACCAAUUGGUUUAAUUUUAAGAACUUUUUCAAAUAUUAUGAAAUAUGGUACAUUAACAAUUCAAAGUUCAAAUAAUACAACAUUACAAUCAACUAGAACACCACCACAAACACCACCCUUAUAUCCAUCAUUUAAUAACAAUGGUAAUAAUAGUAAUAAUAAUAAUAAUAGUAAUAAUAGUGGUGGUGGUAAUAAUAGUUCAGAAAUUUAUAAAUUUUCAAAUUUUCAAAUAUUAGUAAACGUUUUAUCAAAUAUUUUAGCAACAACAUUACAUAUAACCAAUGGUAAUGGUAAUAGUGGUAUAAUAGGUAGCACAAGUAGUAAUGGUAUGGUAUUACUAAAUAAUCCAUAUACUAAUUUAUUAGAUUGUUUAAAUACUAUUACAAUGUUUUUAGAGACCUUUCAACCAUCGUUAUCAGUGUUAUUCAAUGUUAAUGGUUUGAAUGAAAGACAUGGUAGUAGUAGUACUCCAAAUCAAUCUUCCCCAUGUCCAACAUCGCCCAAUGGUGGUAGUUCAAAUAUUUCAAUUAAUAAUAUCAAUGGUGGUAAAAGGAUUCAUUCACAACCACAACAAUCUAAUCAAACUCAACAAAUCAAUACACAACUUAUGUUUUUAUCAAUUUUAAAUCAUUUAACUAAAAAUAUAUUCAUUUAUAAUCAAGGUAUUCAAAUAGCUGUAAUUAAAAUCAUCUCAAGAUUAUUUAGUAGAUUAGGUGAAAAUCCUUAUCUUUUUGGUGAAAUCUAUAGAAAAAUCAUUGAACAAACUGAUAUACUUCAAAAUAUUUGUUCUUAUUUUUUAUUAUUAUUAAAUCAAUCUUAUCAAUCAUCUUCCUCCUCUACAAUUUCAAAUACCUCUUCUUUAUCUUCAUCUUCAACAUCACCACCAACCUCUUCAUCAUCUUCUACAUCAUCUUCAACUACAACACCUUUAUCAUCUUCAACUACAACCGCAGCAACGGCAACGGCAACAACUUCAGCAGCAACAACUUCAACAGCAACAAAUUCUUCACAACAACAACAACAACAACCAAUACCAAGUUCAAUUGAAGUUGAAGUUGAAAUUGUAUUACAAUGUUUUCAUAAUAUUUUAUAUACAUCACCACAACAUGCAUUUGAAUUUCCAUUGGAACCAAAAAGAAAUUAUCAAACCAAUACAAGUAUUCAAACUUAUUUAAUGAAUUAUUAUCAAGCAUGUGUUAUAAUUGGUGAUGGAUUAAGUUCAGAGAUUAUAAUUAACCUUUUAUUAUGUUCAAUUUCAAGUUAUCCACAUCUUAGAAAAAUAAUAUUACAAUUAUCAUUACAUUGUUUAAGAGGUUCAAAAUUAUUUGCUGAAUCAAUUAGUAAAGAAGAAAAAUCAUUAAUUUAUCCAAUUAAUCAAAAUAAUAAUAAUAAUAAUAAUAAUAAUAAUAAUAAUCAAAAUAAAAAUAAUAAUAAUAGUAAUAGUAAUCCAUCAACACCAAAUUUACAAUUUCAAAAUUCUUAUAAUUCACCAUAUAAUACUAUUAAUAAUAAUAAACCAAGAUCAUUUUUUGAUUAUCUUUCAAUUAAAAAUAUAAAUCAAUCAAAUAAUAAUAAUAAUAAUAAUAAUAAUAAUAAUAAUAAUAAUAAUAAUAAUAAUAAUAAUAAUUUAAAUACGGAAUCAACAAUUGAAUUUAAUCAAGAACAAAAAUCAUUAGUAUUAUUAAUAUUAAGUGCAAUUUUAAUUCAUUCAAAAGAAUCUAUUGAUUGGAUGAUUCAUUAUGAUUUAGUUGAUUUAUCAAUUAGAUAUUUUCAAAAUACUGAUAUUAGAAUAUCAUCAAGUGCAAGUUAUUUCCUAAGUGGUUUCUUAACAGUUUCAAUUAAUUAUGAAAAAGAAUUUGAUAAUUUUAAUAAUAAUUUAAAUAAUAGUAAUAAUAAUUUAAUUAGACCAACAUCACCAAAUAGUAAUAAUUUAAUAAUUAAUGGUACAAAUUCAUUGAUUGAUAAUCAAUUAACAAUUAUAAUUGAUUCAAUUAUUCAAGUUAUACCAAUAAAGAAUAUUAGAAAAUUAUUUAGUGCAAAACGUGUUGAAGGUAAUACAAUGAGAGAUUUAGAGGGUGGUUGUUUUGGUAAACCAAAUAUUGGUAUGUUGGAUGGUGUAGUUUGUAUAUUACUUAGAAUGUUAAAGAGAGGUGGACAAGAAUUUUUAGAGACAAUGUUAGAGAGUGGUAUUUGGGAAGCUUUAUGUCAUCAAAUUAGUAGUACUACCUCUGAGAUUGAAUUAAGUCCGCAUGGUAUAAUUCAUUCGCUAAGAGUUAUCUAUGAAGUACUUUCAUCAGACACUGAUCAUAUUCCAUACUUGGUAAAAAAUAAUCUAUUGACAUCACUUUGUAACCUAUUGGAUAGCGGUCAUUUAGAGAGAAUUAAAGAAUGGCCAUCACUUCAAAUGGGUAGUGUUAGUGGUAUUAGUGCAUUGGCAAAUCAAAUAUUUUUCAUACUAUAUCUACCACUAUCGAGUAAUGCAAAGGAUAGAAUUGGCGAUCCAAUGAUCGAAUUGAUUAGACAUAUUAUGUUAGCACAGGAAUUAGUUAGAAAUAUCAUUAUGUUACUCCCACAAAUACCAAGUGAUUCAAUCGAUUUACCAUUGGGUCUUUUAUCAAAUAUAAUCUUGGAGGAUAGUAAAUUCGCUAAUCAAUUCAUUGAAUUUGGUGGUUUAGAACCAAAUACUGCUCAAUUAAUUCUAAAUCCUGAUAGAAUUUCACCAUCGACUUUAGUUGAUUCUUUAAUCAUUUUCAGUCAAUUGGCAAGAAUCUCUCAAGAUAACUAUAAAGCAAUGCAUCGUUCUGAUUUAUAUGGUUUAUUGAAAAAGUUAUUGGCUCAUCCCGAAGCAACAGUUCGUGCUAAAACUUGUAAUCUCAUUGGUAAUAUGUUUAAAUAUAAUGGUUAUUUCUAUCAACAUUUUCAAAAGAGUGGUAUUUUACCAAUUUUAAUUUCACGUUGUAUUGAUGUUGAUUUAAAUACUAGAAAAUUCGCUUGUUUUGCUUUAGGUAAUGCUGCUUUUCAUUCAAGUGAUCUUUAUGAUGAAUUAGAUGAUUCAAUACCAAUUUUAAAAAAAUUAUUAAAUAAUGAAUAUCCAUUUAGUGGUCAACAACAACAACAACAAUCACAACAACAACAACAAUCACAACAACAACAACAAAAUGAUUUAUUAUUACAAAUUGAAGAAGAUGAAAAAACAAGAUCAAAUGUCAUUGGUGCAUUGGGUAAUUUAGUUAGAAACUCAUCACAACUUUGUCAAAAAAUGAUCGAUAGUGGUAUUUUAGAUGCAUUAACCUCUUAUUUGGAUGAAUAUAAAUCUCAUACAAACAUAUUGAAAAGUGUUUUAUUUUCACUUGGUAAUUUCUCUGUCUAUGAACAAUGUCGUUAUAUUUUAAUUGAAGAUUAUGAUUUAGAUUCAACUUUAGAUGAUCUAUUUGAAUACUUAAAACAAAAUCAACAACAAAUCGAUCCAACAAUCAUUAAAUAUAUUAAUAGAAUUAAAAAAAUUUUAAGAUCUCCUUCAACUUAA